GGUCUGUUUCCUUCUUCUUAUCUCGUUUUCUCCUUUUCACUACCAUCCCAACCAAGCAAAAGUACAGUUUGUGAGCGGCUUUCCAACAUCUAAAACACUCGCCUUUCGCCGAUUGUGCAUCUGUUUUGAUUCGUCCCUCUUCUCCACUGCCAAAAAAAAAAAAAAAAAAACCUCGUUUCUGAGUUUCAAGAAGAUUUGAGGGAAUAUUAGCAAAUAUGGCUGACUAUGUUGUUAAUUUCCUCGUAGAGUAUUUGUCCCAGCUACUCGAAAAGGAAGCAAAUUUCUUUGGUGAAGUGGAGGAUCAAGUCAAAUCACUCCAUAGGGAGCUUAGACUGAUAAAUAUCUUCCUAGAGAACUCCAGGGGGAAACGGAAUGAGCAUGCAAUAGUGAAGGAGGUUGUCCGACAGAUCAGGGAGGUGGCUUACGAGUCUGAGGAUGUUAUCGAUAUGUUCAUCAUCAAGGUUGCAGAGCACAGGAGGAGGAGCUCGAUUGGGAGGAUAGUUCAUUUCCCCAAGCACGCAAAGAUGCUUCGGGAUGUUGGAAAGAAGAUUGCAGGCAUCAAGAAUGCAAUCAAUGAAAUCUACAAUAACAGAGAAAGGUAUGACAUUGAAAGAGCUACGGAGACUGUAGAUGCGGUACUGGCGGUGGAGGCACUACACAGGCGUAGGAGAGAAGUGGAGGAAGAUGACGUGGUUGGUUUCGUUGAUGGUUCAUCAACACUGGUGAAGCAACUUAUUGAAGGGGAUCGGGACUGUCAUGUCAUUUCGAUCAUUGGCAUGGGUGGGUUGGGGAAGACAACUCUUGCAAGGAAAAUCUACAACAAUGCUCGCGUCAAGCGCCACUUCGAGUGCCGUGCAUGGGUGUAUGUAUCGCAAGAUUUCAGAACUGGAGAGCUCUUGCUUAACAUUUUGAAAGAUAUUGAAAUAUCAGAUUGGAGGACACUAGAAGAAACGAGUGUAAAAGAAUUAAAAGAGAAGUUGUUCAAAUGCUUGCUAAGAAAGAGGUACCUAAUAGUCAUGGACGACAUAUGGAAAACUGAAGUAUGGGAUGAGCUAAGAUCUGCUUUUCCCGAUGACUUGAAUGGAAGCAGAAUAUUGAUCACUAGCCGCAUAAGAGAAGUAGCUUCACAUGCAAGCCUUACUCCUCCCUACUUUCUCCCAUUUCUUAACAAAGACGAAAGUUGGGAGCUUUUAAGUAAGAAAGUGUUUCGAGGAGGAGCAUGUCCUCCCGAGUUGGAAACUAUGGGGAGAAAAAUUGCAGAAGAUUGUCGUGGCUUACCACUUUCCAUUGUGGUAUUAGGGGGCCUUUUAGCAAACAAAAAGAAGACACCCGGAAAAUGGUCCACAUUGAUUGGCAAUGUAAACUGGCACCUUACUGAGACUAAUACAAUAUGCAAAGACAUAUUGGCCUUAAGCUACACCAACCUACCUCGACGCUUGCAACCAUGUUUUUUGUAUUUUGGUGUAUACCCAGAAGACUUUGAGAUCCCUGGAAGGCAACUAAUCCACCUGUGGACAGCCGAGGGAUUCAUCCAGCACGCUGGGAACAGAAGCAUAGAGGAUGUUGCCGAAGACUACUUGGAGGAGCUCAUCGAUCGAAGCUUGAUACAAGUGACUAGAAGGAGGACAGAUGGAGGCGUAAGGAAAUGCCGUAUUCAUGAUCUUCUGCGAGACCUCUGCAUAUCUGAGAGCAAGGAAGACAACUUUCUUGAGCUACUCAAUCAUGACAGCCGUUCAUUCCCGAACAAAUCUCGUAGAGUUUCCGUCCAUGGUAUCUUUCCUCUAAACAUUUUUUCAAACUUCUCUGAUCCUCCAUGUGCCCGUUCUUUGUUGUUCUUUGGCGAUUACGAAAAUAGAGACUGGAACUUGUGCGUCAAAAAGUUGAAGUUAAUUCGGGUGCUUGAUUUUGGGUGUAUAACACUACACUCCAUUCCCGAAAGCAUAGAAACAAUGAUGCACUUGAGGUACUUGAGUAUAAGUUUUUCUUCUUUUGUAAUGGAUAUUCCUGAUUCCAUUCGUAACCUUUCGAAUCUGGAAACACUUUUCAUAAUGGGUUAUCCUGGACGGAGUUAUUCGGUAACUGGGAUAUUUAAGCUACAAUGUUUAAGGAAUCUCCAUAUGAAAGGGGUCAAGUCAUUUUCUUGCCGUUUGGAUGAAGUUUUAUGGAACCUUCAAGUCCUUUCCGUCGAAAUGAGUUACUUCGAACUGGACAAGUUUCCUUGUUUAAAGGAACUAAGAAUAAGUAAUAAUUUUGAGAGUGACAGCAAAGCACUAGAUUUUUGGAAAGGCCUCCACCAUUUACGUUGUCUUCAAAUAUUGAGAAUCGUGGAUUUCCCAAUGCUUCCUAUGGAUUCAAGUUCAUUUCCAUUGACAAUCACCAAACUAACCAUAUUCACUGUUGGGUUUGGAUUUGGUGGCGGCAUGACAAUGCUGGGAAACCUUCCCAAUCUUCAGAUACUGAAAAUAAAACAUUGCGACGAUAUUAAUUAUAUGCACGUCUCUAGAGAUUCAUUUCUUCGACUCGAAGUCCUUCAAUUACAAGAUUUGGUAGGAGUUACGAAAUGGAAACAGGAUGGAACUGCAAUGCCAUGCCUUAGAUAUUUGGUUAUCAGAAGAUGCCAUCGUUUACGCAUGCUCCCUUCGGAACUAUGGAGUUUGACUGCCUUGCAAAAGGUGGAGGUGGAGUUACUUUCCAACUCAACAUUGCGACGCAUGCUUCAGGAAUUGGAGAUGAAUGUUAGCUGUAAGAUAGUGAUCAAGACCUUUGGUAUACUUUAUAGAAAGAACAAGUAUAUUGGACAGCAGCCCCACGAUGUUUAGGAGGUAGGGGGAUUGAUGGAGGACCAAUACAGCAGUACAGAACUAACGGCUAGCAACCGUUAUUCUGUUGAUUGAAGACUUCGGUUUGACAAGGCUGGAGUUCUCUGUUUACGUCCUCUGUUUUUCAGCAUAUGUAGGAGUCUGCUACAAGAAGGUUUGCUAUUACUGGUUGCAGGGUCUGGCUCAAGGCUGAUGUAGCUUAACGACGUUGUUUUACCAUGGAUAUUAAAGUCUUAUCAUUUUAGAUCUGGUUGGACUUUUGUUGUCUUUCAUCUCCAUGGUUUCUUUAUUCCUCAAGCAGAUUCUUCAAAAUAUUGCUACAGUAAACUUUCAUUCACUUUAGCAUAUUUUAGUCUCUUUUUUUUUAUUAUUAUUAUUUCUCCCUUCUCUCUCCCU